UGUUUCUCUCGCGCGCUCUCAGUGAAGCUGCGCAGACUCUGUGCUCGGCACGCGCUCCGCUCCUCCAGCAGGGAGACACCGACCCCCUCUCACCGCCACAGACCCCCGGACCACACCAGCCCCGCGCGCUCUCUCUCACCCCGGCCCUCUGCACUGCGAGCCGCUCGCGGGCCAUCCGAGGCGAUGCUGUACGGGCUGCUCUUGCCUCUCGCUGCGCUGCUGCUGCUGCGUGCGGACGGCAGGCGCGUGGACACGGUGGUCUCUAUAAACAACAACAACAACAACAAUGAAAACCACAACAACCACGCUAACCCGCUGGACUCGGAGAAAUGGAUGAGCGGCACGUCCCACUACGACAAGGACAAGUACUGGAACCGCUUCAGAGACGAUGAUUACUUCAGGACCUGGAGCCCCAAUAAAGCACAAGAUAAAGAUUCAGAGACUAAUCCAAGGAGACACGGGGAGCCAGGUUCUAAACCACACCCACCAGCUCAGCCUAAAUGGAAGAGUGAGGAUGGUUUGGACAUCACUAAAGAUCCCUGUAUGAAGGUGCACUGUCCUCCUCACAAAGUAUGUGUGAGCCACGACCUCCAGACAGCUAUCUGCACCAAUCACAAACCCCCACAGCACAGUGUCAAGCCAAGGAAAGGUAGUGUUCCCCACAAGCACUGGAUCGGAGCAGUGACUCAUGGGAAAUGUAGGCCAUGUCCUGUUGCGCAUCCCAGUCCAAUGUGCGGCUCUGAUGGGCAUACCUAUUCCUCAAAGUGUAAGCUGGAGUUCCAGGCCUGCAUUUCAAAAAAGAGCAUCUCAGUCAAGUGUGAGGGACCGUGCCCCUGCCUGCCUGGACAGGAAGUCAUCAAACCGCACAGUGAAAAGAAAGCCUGCAGUGAUGCUGAUUUGAGGAGUUUGGCCUCCAGACUAAAGGACUGGUUUGGUGUGUUGCAUCUGGACGCCAACAGAGAUCUGAAGACUUCUGUCAAUGACAACGCUCAAGGACGCUUUGACACCAGCAUUCUGCCCAUCUGUAAGGACUCUCUUGGUUGGAUGUUUAACAAACUGGAUAUGAAUUACGACCUCUUACUCGACCAGUCAGAGCUCAGCGCCAUCUACCUGGACAAAUAUGAGCUGUGCAUGCGGCCGCUCUUCAACUCCUGCGAUUCUUUUAAAGACGGAAAGCUCUCCAACAACGAGUGGUGCUACUGCUUCCAGAAACCCGAGGGUCUGCCUUGUCAGAACGAAAUGAACAGGAUUCAUGGUCAAGGCCGACGGAAGGCUCUCAUAGGAGCGUAUAUCCCCCGCUGUACAGAAGAUGGCUACUUUAAGGCUACACAGUGUCAUGGCAGUACAGGGCAGUGCUGGUGUGUUGACAAAUAUGGCAAUGAGAUCGCAGGGUCCAGAAAACAAGGCAACCCCAUCUGCGAAGAAGAUCAGGAGACUUCAGGGGACUUUGGCAGCGGAGGAGCAGUGAUUCUCCUCGAUGAUCAAGAGGAAGAGGAGGCAGAGCCUCCGCAGCACGGCCGGCGCAGACAGAAGGAGAAGCGUGGCCGGCUCCACCCCCGCGGGGCCAUCGAGGACGACGAAGAUGAAGAAGAUGAUAAAGAGGAUGAAAUGGGCUAUGUCUGGUAGCUCCGACCCUCUCAUCUUCUGCUGGCCAACCAGGGACCCCCAUUGAAAUGCAAAGUUCUGAAGCCAUUCCAAAUCCACAAACCUGGACCUGCCCCUUCUGAAUAUAAACUCCGCCUCUACACCCAUCUGACCCCACCCACUAGAGCUCAUUUUAUGGCCUGCUUUACCAUCGUAUUUGCAUUUCCUUUUUUUUUCUACCCUUCUUGUCUGACAUCUAUUGUCAUUUUACUUCUCUCAGCAUCUACCUGUUUCCUUUCAACACGACCAGUCGAAAACAGUUGAAAUCAGCAGAGACUCAUAACAAUGUUAUUAAAUAUGUUAUUAAUCAACUGUUAUCAUCCACACUUCUACUAAAGCAGAGUCCCUCCCUCUUUGUACCAUUUGGAAAUGGCGACCACUUCCUUUCAUAUGCUCCAACCUCUCUCUCUCUCUCUCUCUCUCUCUCUCUCUCUCUCUUUGUCUUUCUCUAUCUCUCUCUCUCUCUCUCUCUCUCUCUCUCAUUCCCUCUUUCUUAUUUCCACUGGUUUGUUACACAGGAAUCUGUAGCCCUCCUUUUGUUCUCUGUCGAGCUUCUAGUGUGAAAAUCUGAAGCUGCCCGAGAGCCAUGGCUGUAAAUAUUUCUCUUUCUCUUCAGACAGAUGAGGUACCGUGUUCUGUCCUCCUCUGUCUCCCUCUGUCCCAGAGUCUCCCACCCAGGCCUUCAAGAAGGUUCCUGAAUGGUUUAGAAGGUUGCUUCAAGGGGAGAUUCUAGUGGAGAGAUAAUCUAUUUAAGACGAUGAAGUGAAAGAUCUCUAGAGGGAUCUGGAGCAUUCUGGAAAGUCCUAGAGAGAUUUUCAGUGGGUCUAUGCAUGUUCCCUGCAGCACAGGUGAGAAGAUUGUGUUUGGCUUGGUUGGUAGUUGAUA